AUCCUUUUGAACUUAUGAAGAAUCAGCACUCUCCUUAAGCUGAAAUCUCCACAGAGCGAGAUUAAUUAUGGCUGAUAAACUCUUAACAGAUGAGGCGGUUAUCAAGCUUCUGCAAGAAGAGGCUCAAAAAGCAUCCAGAAACUCUGCGAUACAAGGCUUACGGGCCUAUCUGCCUAGGAAAAGCGCAACACAAGCUCUGAAGCCGAAUACACGAUUCCUGCGCAAUCUGGUGCAAGAGACGCAUAGUCACAACAAGGCUCUCCUUGCAAAGGAGGCUGAAGAAGCCCGAGCGAGGCUAAAGGCGCUGAGUAGGAAAGAGGCCCAUGAGCGGGGCGGGGAACGCAAGCCCAGUCUUAGAUCUCGGAGUGAUGAUGGGGAAGAGAAGGAGGGCCACCGUGUCAAGCGUUGGAGAGAAGAUUUCGCUGAUUGGGAUAACAAUCGUCUCAGUCCGCCUCGGGAGUCGAAGAGAUAUCAUGAAUACGACAUGCACAAGGACCACAUGAGGAGCAGAGACAGAUCUCAAACUCGAAGCACGGCUAGAAAUGGUCGAAAGUCGUACGAUUAUACCGACUCUGAGGAUAACGAUGCGAAUUAUGAACGAAGCACAAAACGAGCGAGGCGAAAACGAAGGGAAGUAUAUACUAGCGAGGAAGAUGAAUACGAAAGAACUCGCUGGCGAAGUUCGACGGAUCGUAGCAGACGUCAUUGCAAAAGUUCUUCCAACAAUCAUUCAGAUAGUGAAGACUACUCGGAUAGGAAAUCUUCACGCCGAACACACAAAGAAAGAGCUGGUCGCUCAAAAGAUGAUGAUCUCGAAAAAAGUAGAGAUCGACGCAAAUCAAGGAGGUCUCCAUCACAUUCGCGGUCCAUAAGCAGUGAAGAAGAUCUGCGUGAUCGCAAGACUCGCAAACGAAAGCGGCGACGCUCACCAUCUACGGCGUCCGAGCCUGGCGCAAGUCCACAACGGAAAUCGCAACAACCGGUAAAGACACGUAUCAAGCAAAACUCCAAACGCAUUGAUAAUGCGAACGGUGGUCAUCCUCAGUCGCUAUCGCCAAAGUUGUCGUCCAAAAAUGACAUUGGCGAUGAUGACCUCCGUCAAAAUAGCGACUCCGAUCCUCUCGAACAAAUUGUAGGACCGCUUCCGCCACCUCCUCCACCAAAGGUUCGCAUCCGUGGCCGAGGUGCUGCCAACGCUCUCUUGAACGCCACUGCUACAGACAUGCGCUUUUCUGCAUCAUAUGACCCCAGCACAGAUGUGACUGUCGAUGCCUCGGACGAAGACGACUGGGGCCAAGCCUUAGAGGCUUUAGAAGCACGAGCAAAGUUCAAGAAAACUCAGGCAGAACGGUUGAAGGCAGCUGGUUUCACAGACGAAGAGGUCAAAUUGUGGGAAAGAGGCGGCAACAAGGAUGAGAGAGAUGUUAAGUGGGCCAAACUUGGAGAAGGGAGGGAAUGGGAUAGAGGCAAGGUGCUUGACGUGGAUGGCAGAGUGGGCGUUGGCGAGGAGUUUGGGCGAUUGAAGGGAACUUAGAGCCAGCUCAGAUUUGCUUCGGACAUGGGUUGGAACUGUAGUCCAGGUGAUGAACUGUAUCAUUGAAACAAGUUUCGUGUGAGCAGAAAAACUCUAGAAACUUUUUGUCUUCGCAGAACUAGUGGCAAUCUUUCAACGAAACUGGCUAUAUGGCCUGCGUAAUGAAGAAACCAAGUCUAAUGGAA